AUGGUGGCAAGGGCUGAUAGUAAUGACAGAGGUGAUCCAGUCAAUGAACUUGCAUGUGCUCUUGCUUGGUGCUAUCCAAUAAUGCUGGAGCAGAAGGACUCUUUCCCUACUACUCCAAUGGCAAUUCAUGAUUGUGGCUACUCUGGGACUGAUCCGCUCAACUGUUAUGGACAGGCUAUUGAAAUAGCAAAAACAGAUCCAUUCAUCCUGAAUUGGCUUGCCCAAGUCUUUCAUUUCCUUGGGAAACAGGACAUGGCAAUUGGCAUUUGUAAUAAGGGAUUGAAUAUUCUUCCAGACCCAAAAGCAAACUGGCAAGCUUACAGUACCAGAGCGAAGGUUUAUAUAAAACAAUAUAUUCAAAGCCUUGGGUGUGUUAAGAUAGGGCAGAAUGGCCCAGACAGAGAGCUGCUAACCAGAGAAAAAGCUGAUUUGGAUUUAAUAUUGCUUGUCUGCCCCUGUCUGAACAUUUACCUGGAUAUGGGACAGGUCUGUUACUACAUGGGUGUUGACGUGGUACAGGAACUCUGGCCUGUGUAUGAAAAUGCUCUAAACAGUGCCUUAGUGUUUUUUGCUAAAGCCAUGGAAUGUGACCCUGGAGACACUUUGCCUGAGAUCCACUUCCUGAGAGGGAAAUGCUUGCAAGUCAAAGGUGAGGAACACAAUGCAGUCAAAUGCUUCAAGCAGGCAAUCGAACUGGAUGAUGUAGGCUCCCAGUAUCCUGAGAGCUUCCGUUGUCUCAUGGAGUUGUUGCUGUCACUGUUCACCCAGGGAAGAUCCAUUGAGGAGAUUGUCUCAGCCUGUUCUAUCCACUCUUUCAUGUCUUGGAGAACAAAGUAUCAAAUGAAGAGAGUCAGACAGGAAUUGCACACUGUUUAUCGGAAUCAUAUCCCAAAGAUUUUACAACGCUCCAGGGCUAAGAUCAUAGCAGGGAAGCUGCAACUGGUAGUUACUGCUGGAAAUAUUGAGCCCUGA